GUACCUCUUGCCCCCCGCUCAGUCCCGCUGGUCCGCAAGGAAAAGUGGGAACGAAAACUCCCUCAGCGCUAUGUAGUUGCGGCCUCCCCUGGUGCCAACUCCCUGCACCUCCCCCUGGAGAUCCAGUCCACCGACAACGCAGUCCAGCUCUCUCUCAACGGACUGGUCGACUGCGGCGCCACGUCGGACUUCAUCGACUCCACCUACGCCUCCGAAAACCGACUUCCGGUCCGGCAGCUCUCCCAGCCUAUCCCAGUCUACAAUGUGGACGGCACGCCAAACAAAGCUGGCUCCAUUCGACAAGUCGCCGAUGUGGUCCUGCGUUACCAAGGACACAGUGAGCGGGUCCAGCUUGCUGUCACUCGGCUCGGCAAGCAGAAGCUGAUCCUCGGCUACUCUUGGCUUCGGAAGCACAACCCGGAAAUUAACUGGGACACGCAGGAAGUAAAGAUGAGCCGCUGCCCGUCCAGCUGCUCCACCUGCACCGAGGAGUCUCGCCAAGAGAGACGGAUAGCCCGCCAUCUGCGUUGUCGACAUGGAAGACCGCAAAGACGGGGCUAUGCCGCUACUCCAGGAAGACGACGGAGAAGAUUCCGAUGA